AUGGAGGACGCCCGCAGCACGUGGGACAGCCCGAGCCACCCCACGCCAACAAUGGCAGCAGCAGGCUCGACGGCGAGCAUGAAGCUCUUCGUGGACGCGGGCGCGCGGCGCGUGGUGUUCGCGGAGGCCGGCAAGGACGUGGUCGACUUCCUCUUCUCCCUCCUGGCCCUGCCGCUCGGCCGGGCGGACCGGCUGCUCGCCCCGCUCGGCGGCGCGGGCGGCUCCGUCGGCAACCUCUACGCCAGCGUGGAGCGGCUGGACCCGGCGCACGUCCAGCCCGGCGUGGCCGACAAGAAGGCGCUCCUCCACCCCACCGUGCUCUCCCCGCCGGCGCGCGUCGAGCACAGCUUCCACCCGCGGAGGGAGCUCUACACGUGCCCUAGUGCCGGUAUCUACUGCUUGGAGUGCGCCAGGAACGUGACGGACUGGAAGGGCACCAGGUGCCCGUCCUGCGGCGACGAGAUGACGCUGGAGGCGCGGUACGUGCCGCCGGCGCCCAGGUUCUCAUCGACGGCCGGCAAAGGCGAGGCGGGCGUGGCCGCGCCAGAGGGGUUCGUCCGUGGCGGCGCCGCGACGAGGUACAUAGUGACGGAUGACCUCCAGGUCCGCCCGUCGUCGGCGGGCGAGCUGGUCGCGCUGUGCCCGGCCCUCGGCCCCGCGGAUGUCGGGGCGCUCCGGGAGCUCGACGUGCAGCUUGGGUUCAAGGAGGGCAAAGAGAUCCUCAAGGCCGUGAUGAUGCAGUCCAGGACCGUGCUCACCGACGUUUUCCGAGUAGCCCAGCGGAGGAAACUCUUGGGUGAGGAAGACAAGGAGAAGAAGACAGCAGAGCGGGCAGCAUCAUGA